CAUUUCCCUCCCGGUUUAAAAGAUGUUCUCUCUGCGGAAAUGGCAUGCUCUCUGUCUUAAUGUGGUUGCGAUCAUGAGCUGUGUAACCUCCCAAGAAUAUGUUGUCAAACAAAAUGGAUGCCUUUUUAGGGCACAAGUCCACAAGAACAUAUUUGGGCUGUAUUAAUGGUUGCGAUAGCUUUGGUACAUUCUAAUGUGGAUGCUACACAAAAUACAACGUGUUUUAGGUGUACAAGUACUUAUUUCUCAUGAUUAAUGCUUGAUUUAAGUUGUGAUAUGUUGUGUUCUGUUUUGUCAUAGCGUCCAUUUGACCUUUUGUUGUUAUGGGGGAUCAUUUAGUUACUUUUUUGUUAGAAGUACAAGAUCUUAGUUCUGAUCUUAGUAUGAUGUAACAUGUUAAAGUUUGAUUUUUCAUAGCAGCUAUUCAACUUUCUAAUGUUGCGGGGUAUUAUUUUGGUUAAUUUUAGGUCAUCAUCGUAAGAGAGAUAUUAUGGUUUUUAUUUACCGUUUAGUGACGUAGAUGCAAUGCUGAAUAUAGUCAUAGCCUUGGGAGUUAGCUUUCAUUACUUAACAUAACUAUAGCUAUUUCCCAUGCGUUGCAACAUGGGCAUAAAUAUUCUAGUGGUUCAACAUCAAUCAUGUCAGACGUAUACCUUACACUCACCGUAUUAUAGAUUUUGAUAAGAUUCAAUUUGAUUUGAGUAAGGGUAGGGGAAGGCAAGGAAAGUUUUGGUUAGUUGAGGUUUUGGUAAGCUUUGAUUUGAUUUGGGUAUUGGUAGGGGAAGGCAAAGAAAGUUUUGAUUGAGUUGAGAUUUGGUAAGAAUUGAUUUUAUUUGAUUUGAUUGAGUUAAUGCAUGACGUGGUUUUGGAAAGUACCGAUUUUAUUUUGAUUAUUUCAAGUUACCAUAUUUAUGUUGGUUUUUUAUUUUGUGCGGCAUUUGUUGAGAUUAACAAAACCCAAAAGGAAACCAAAGUGGAGGGGGAGGCGUGGGAGAAAAAAAACCGGGGGAGGAGGUGGAGGUGACGCUACCGAUUCCCCUUUAAUAGUAAAGAUUGUUCUGGCAUUUAUGGGGAGCCGGCCAACCUUCUUUUUUCCAUACAAUAAGAGAUCUGCAUCUGGAGGCCUACAGCUAGCAUUUUAUUUACGCCAAUAUGUUAAAAUUAAGGUUUCUUUGUCACAAUUUGGAUUGCCGCUGUAAUGUUCAAGUCAAAUGAUAUAUUGAAGAAGCAAACAGCACUGAAGGGUGAGAGAAAAAUUGCUAUGCUUGUUGGAAUCACCAUAAUCUUCAUGGUCCAUGUGUUUGGCGUCUAUUGGUGGUACAGGAACGACUAUCUUCUUAGACCUCUGUUCAUGGUUCCUCCAAAAGAUAUACCACCAUUCUGGCAUGCAAUUUUUAUCAUCAUGGUUAACGAUACAAUGGUCCGCCAGGCAGCGAUGACCGUCAAGUGCAUGCUACUUAUGUACUACAAGAACAGCAGAGGCCGUAACUACCGUAGGCAGGGACAAAUGCUAACACUUGUGGAGUACCUUCUGCUUCUAUAUCGUGCUUUAUUGCCGACUCCUGUUUGGUACCGUUUCUUUCUGAACAAGGAAUAUGGGAGUCUGUUCUCAUCUUUAACUACUGGGCUAUACCUGACUUUCAAGUUGACUUCAGUAGUUGAGAAGGUUCAAUCAUUCUUAUCUGCAGUGAAAGCAUUGUCACGUAAAGAUGUGCACUAUGGGUCUUAUGCGACAGCAGAACAGGCAGUCGCUGCCGGUGAUAUGUGUGCCAUCUGCCAGGAAAAGAUGCACGUUCCUGUUCUCCUUCGCUGUAAACAUAUUUUCUGCGAGGACUGUGUCUCUGAAUGGUUUGAGCGAGAACGAACUUGCCCUUUGUGUAGAGCAUUGGUAAAGCCUGCUGACAUUCGGUCAUUUGGUGAUGGUUCUACAAGUCUCUUCUUCCAGUUGUUUUAGAGCCCAAAUGGCAAACCCUAACACAUAACAAUCGAUCACAAGCAAUUGGCUAUAAGAAAAGUCCAGGUGGAAGUCCUUUGUUCUUUAUGAUGUGGCACCAUCUUCCCUGUGUGGAAUGAGGAUACUGAGAAUGUUUGUGAAAAUUAUCUCAUUGCAACCGUCCCAUUCAUGCAUAUGUUCAAGCAAUGGUUCGGGUCAGUUGCAGCAUCUGCAUAAAGUUUGCAAUAGAAGGAAAUAUAGCUGGAGGAAUCUGCUCCUGCGAAUCCUGAAGUGCCGGACCACAUCUUGCUAUUGACUUGCGUAAUGUAAAUUUGGUAACAUUUUUUUACAAAAUUGAAUGCGUUUUGGUUUAAUUCGAGCUUGCAAGUUUUGCAUGCUAGCAGAAUUCUGUUUGAGAAAGGGGUAGAAAUGUAACCUGUAAAGCUGUGAUAUAUGAAAUGUUGAGAGCCUAUACAUUGUACUAUUUACAAACAGUAAAUAUUACGAGGACCACAAUGUUAACACAUGUCUUGUUCUGAUAAUCAGAUAUGUUUCCGGUAUUGCGUGUAA